AUGUGCAUGUUCUUUCUGAGACUUCUCUCAAUUGUGUUACUACUACAGUUUACUUUGGCACAAUCUGGAAGCCUCAGUCUCAAGCUCAUCCACCGAGAUUCAGUGGAGUCACCUCUCUAUCCAGGUAAGCUUUCAAGCGAAGAGAGAACUUCUAGGUAUGUUAAUCGCACUAUAGCCCAUGCUCGUCGGAUGAUCCAAAUAGCUAGAGGUACUCGUCCCGACGAGAUAAGUAUUCCUGUUGAUUACCAUGGUUUCGACUUUAUAGUUGCAAAAGUUGCUUCCGUCAAAGAUCCCCACUAUUUGGGUAUUCCAGAUCAACUACUUAUCAUCCUCUUCGAUGUGAUAUUGAGCCUCUCAACCCCCUAUGUACACCCGGUCAAUGCUGGGAAGAUACAAGUUUAUGCUCAUACAGAAUACGGGUCUACACCUCAAUCCUUCAUUUCGCAGUUGGGCGAUCGCUUCCAGCAUCGAUUCUCAUAUUGCUUGCAGCCAAUGUAUGGACCUGCUGCAGGUCUUUACUACUUGGACUUCUUGGCUCUCAGCAUUGCAGAUCAACGUAUUUCCAAUCCUCCUCUAACUCUUUGGCAGACACUAAUAGACUCAGGAAGUCCCUACACUUUAUUUCCCCCAGGGCCUUUUGCAAGUAUGAAAUCUUAUCUGUUACAUUACUUGCAGCCUUAUAAUGUGAAGAGAAUCCCACCAAGGGAUCUUAUGGAUCUAUGUUUUGAUCGGACUAAUGGUUUCAACAAUUUUCCGAGCAUCACAUUCCAUUUUAGAAAUGCUGAUCUUGUUCUUUGGCCUGAAAAUUCAUUUCUGAUUAAGGAUGACUACUUUUGCUUAGCAAUAGCACCUAUUAAUGAAUUACAAGAGAUUCUGAUCGGAGCAUACCAACAAGCGAAUUUCCGAUUCUUAUAUGAUUUACAUGGAAGAACCCUCUCCUUUUCUCCGGAGGACUGCUCUAAGGAUUCUAAUUAG